AUGAUGAAGACAAGUGUGGUGAAGAACCGCGCGCCGGCGCCUAUUCAAAUAACAGCCGAGCAAAUUCUUCUUGAGGCGAAUCAGCGUAAGGAUGAAACUGCACAACCACCGCGUCGCCGAAUUACUGAUGCUGGUGAGCUAGCCGAAUAUCGUAUGGGUAAGCGCAAGUCUUUUGAAGACGAACUACGUCGUCAACGUCACCACAUGGGCACGUGGAUGAAGUACGCGUCAUGGGAGGAGAGUCAGGAGGAGUUUCCGCGUGCUCGUAGUAUCUUUGAGCGUGCAAUAGAUGUGGAUUAUAAAAGUCCGACCAUAUGGCUUAAAUACGCCGAGAUGGAAAUGCGCCACAAGUUUGUUAAUCACGCACGCAACGUCUGGGAUCGUGCUGUGACGCUACUUCCACGUGUGGCUCAACUUUGGUAUAAAUAUGCUUUUAUGGAGGAAAUGUUGGGUAAUCUUAAUGGAGCUCGGCGUGUGUUUGAACGCUGGAUGGAGUGGCAACCAGAUGAUAAGGCUUGGUAUUCAUAUAUUAAACUUGAGAUGCGUGCAAAAGAAAUCCCACGUGCGCGUGCGCUGUAUGAACGGUAUAUAAUAUGUCAUCCAGGUGAAAAGGCGUAUAUCAAAUAUGCUAAAUGGGAGGAAAAGUCACAACGGCAGCUUGUUUUGGCUCGAAAAGUGUACGAACGAGCUCUCGAAGAACUUCGUAGUGAUGAAAAGACUGAGCAAAUUUAUCUGACUUUUGCACUUUUUGAAGAACGAUGUCGUGAGGUUGAACGAGCGAGAGCGAUUUUUAAGUAUGCGUUGGAUACUUUGCCAAAAGAGGAAGCACGAGAACUUUAUAGUGCAUUUAUUACGUUUGAGAAAAAACAUGGUGACAAAGAAAGAAUUGAAGAAGUGGUGAUUGCAAAACGACGGGUUGUUUACGAGCAGCGAGUGGCAGCCAAUGCAUUGGACUAUGAUUCAUGGCUUGAGUACAUAAAACUUGAAGAGAACGAGGCAGCUGGUACACAGUCUUUUGGUCUUGUGCGAGAAGUGUACGAACGUGCAAUUGCUAAUAUACCACCGCUUUCAGAAAAACAAUACUGGCGUCGAUACAUUUACAUCUGGAUCAAGUACGCUUUAUUUGAAGAAUUACUAGCGGGUGAUCAUGACGACACUGGUAGCUCGUCCGAGCGAUGCAAACAAGUUUACAAAAUGUGUUUAAAUCUCAUUCCUCACAAUCAGUUUACAUUUGGUAAGAUCUGGAUCCUUUAUGCCAAAUUCCUCAUUCGCCAACGCGAUAUUAAAGGAGCGCGACUGUCAUUUGGAGAAGCGUUAGGCCGGUGUCCAAAAAAGAAACUUUUUACGAAUUACAUCGAACUAGAACUGAUGAUGGGCGAGAUUGACCGCUGUAGAACGAUUUACAUGCGUUUUCUCGAGUUUGACCCACAGAACUGCGAAACCUGGCAAAAGUAUGCCAUGUUGGAGCGGCAGGUGGGCGAAAUUGAACGUGCACGUGCUAUCUACGAAUUGGCAAUCAAGCAGCCAGUUCUGGACAUGCCUGAGAUGAUCUGGAAAAGCUAUAUUGAUUUUGAGAUCGAAAAUGACGAGCGCGAUAACACCCGUGCACUGUACGAGCGAUUGCUGGAGCGUACAAAACAUGUCAAAGUUUGGAUAAGCUUUGCUCAAUUUGAGGCCUCAUCGUUAGACAAUAAAGACGUGCAAAACGAGAAUCUGGAUGCUGCGCGUGAUGUCUUUGAACGUGCUUUGAGGUAUAUGAAGGAGCAAGUGGGCGAUGAAUCGAAAGAAGAUCGCGUUUUGUGCAUGGAGACCUGGCUGGAGAUGGAAAAAAAGAUUGGAGAUGUCAAGAUGAUACAAAAAGUCAGUAAAAUGCUGCCAAAACAGGUAACCAAGCAACGCAUGGCGUACGCGUUAGAUGGGACGGAAUUGGGUCUCGAAGAGUUCACGGAUUACAUUUUCCCAGACGAUGAGCAGGCUCAGUCGCAUUUAAAACUGCUGCAGGCUGCACAACUUUGGAAGCAAAAAAAACGUCGACGCGAAGAAACAGAGGAGGAAGGCUAA